AUGAUCCUGAAGAAGAUGCAAACAAAGCACUACAAUGGCUUUAGAUUUGAGGUCUGCUGGUUAAACUGCAAUGGCUUCAUGGAUGUGGUUAAAAAAGCUUGGGAGAAAGCUGCCCAAACAAAUGACCCGGCCCGUAAGCUGCAUAUCAAGCUUUCAAGAACUGCCUCUGCCUUAAGAAAAUGGUAUAAAAAUCUUCAAAAAGAAGCUGCCUUCCAGGAAGAUAUUGCAAACGAGGUCAUAUUCCAACUCGACCUUGCGCAAGAAGAAAGAGAGCUUACCCCAGAUGAGAGAUUGCUGCGACAAUUUCUUAAGGCUAGACUACUUGGUAUCGCUGCUUUUGAAAGAAGAGCAAGAUUAGAUUGGAUAAAAUCCGGCGAUGCUAAUACAAGAUUUUUCCAUCUCAGAGCAAAUGGGCUUCGAAGAAAAAAUCACAUUCCUUCUUUGGUAUCUGCUGAUGGCGCAGAAGUGACUGAUCAUGCAGCCAAGGCCAACAUUUUGCAUAAACACUUUGUUAAUCUGCUCGGAAAAACUUCUCAAAGGCAGAACAGGCUGAAUUGGGAUGCUUUGGGCAUCCAGCUUGUGAAUCUUUCCCACCUAGAUGCUCCCUUCUCUCUUGAUGAGCUCAAGGAGGCUGUGUUUGGACUGCAUUCUGAAAAGGCUCCGGGCCCGGAUGGCUUCACAGGGAUUUUCUACAAAAGAUGUUGGGAGAUAAUCCGUGAGGACCUGCUUUCUGCUCUCAAUUCUCUCUUUGUAACGCUGCCUCGCAACUGGAACUUAUUAAACACGGCCAAUAUCACUCUCAUUCCGAAAAAAGAUGUUGUCAGCUCUGCUACUGAUUACAGGCCAUUAAGCCUCAUGCACAGCUUUGCAAAACUAGUAGGAAAGUUGAUGGCUUCGAGGCUAGCGCCUGAGCUAUGCUUCAAGCUAGAGGAUGGCCUCAUCAAGACAAAUGCUGCUUAUGUGACCAGUUGCCGGAAAAUGUUGAUCACUUAUUUCUGGAAUGCUCUUACUCCAAAGAAGUUUGGCAUGGGCUAUCUUUCACUUAUUCCGAUGCUGCUGAUAUUGCCACAAGAUCCAAUACAGUUUCUGGUUGGUGGAAAAAGAUCGUGA